CAAUGUUGAUUCCAAUAAUUUUGCUUUCCUUUACCCAAUUAAUACAUAGCAAAGACCUGAUAUCCUUGUACGCAGACGUGUUUAAAGACCGGGAGUUCUUUACCAGGACUUUUCCAUGGAUUAUUGACAAUAUUGGUGGAGAGAUACAGAUAGACUACUAUCUGCUGGGCAGUGGCAAAUACUCCGUUCCUCAAAUGUGUACUUUGGAACAGUUGAGAGACAAUCCGUUUUUGCAGGCGCAGUACUUGAAAUGUGAAGCUGAAGAUAAGCCCAGUGCCUACUGCCUCUGCGAAAGUGGAGUGGACCCUGAAGAAUACAAGGAAUGCGUGAGACACCGAGCGAAUUUUGCCUCUGAAUCAGCCCAUAGAUUCUACCUCCUAAACCUUGACGUCACUCCCAUCAUAGAACUGUCUCCAAGAAGCACUGUGUUCCAAGUGUCAGACACAUGGUAUUUGAAGAAGAUUUGCACCAUUUUUGGCGAUUACCCACCGUUGGGGUGUGUGAAACCAUUCGCUUGUAAUAGCACGGAGGAAUUUGGGACGAGGAAUGGGCUAGCGCAGUUUGAUAAAGAAUGUGUAUUGCCAGCAUCUUACGUUUCCCAUACAGCAGUCACCACUACCACCACGGCAACGCCAGUCCACUAA